UCCAGACGCACUGAGAUCGACUGCAGCUGGACCAACUCGACGUGUUUUGGGCUACUUCUUUUAAAGGCGAACGGCGCGGAGACCCAUUUGUAUUCGGGGAUUCGAGUGACCAUGGAUCAAGCUGGAGCUCAUCUCCACCAGACUCAAGCGGAGCCUAUAAAUUUCGGGAUCGAUCAGAUCUUGAACAGUGCGGAUCAGGGGACCUGCAUGAUCCCCAACGGCAGGCACCCAGAGUCGGAUUGGGGUUUAGGAUGCAUCGUCGGCAGUGCUUACCAAACGAUGGCCGGCAACUAUAACAUCAGCAAUGCUGGGGGAUACAAUAGCAACUCGUGCAGUGGCGUGUCUUUUAACGGUUCCUACAAUGUGAAUAUGGGUAUGAACGUGAACGGGAGUAAUCCGGCCGGAGUGAUUCGCGUGCCAGCUCACCGUCCACUAACUAAUGCUCAUUCAUCUAUACCCACGAGCAUGAGUACAGGGCCAAGUAUUGGAACCGUGAACACCAUCAAUAAUCUCACGGGAUUAACAUUUCCUUGGAUGGAGAGUAACAGAAGGUUUACGAAAGAUAGAUUUACAGCGGCCCUCUCGCCAUUCACUGUAACCCGCCGAAUAGGUCACCCGUAUCAGAACCGGACACCGCCCAAAAAGAAAAAGCCGAGAACGUCGUUCACGAGACUCCAGAUUUGUGAGCUGGAAAAGAGAUUCCACAGACAGAAGUACCUGGCGUCCACAGAGAGAGCGAGCCUGGCGAAAUCGCUGAAAAUGACCGACGCGCAAGUCAAAACAUGGUUCCAAAACAGGAGAACUAAAUGGAGACGACAGACCACAGAGGAAAGGGAAGCGGAGCGGCAGCAGGCUAACCGAAUCCUCGUGCAACUCCAGCACGAGGCUUUUCAAAAAACACUGAACCACCCGGUGAACCCAGACCCGCUAUGCCUUCACAACACUUCCUUAUACGCCCUUCAAAAUCUCCAGCCUUGGACUGACACCUCCGGGAAAAUAAGCAGCUUGGUCUCCUGUGAUUAAUAAACUUACCCGAUGCCAUAUUUAUUCAGCACUUUCAUAAAAAUUGUACCCAAAUCUUACAUAGCCUACAGUUUUAUUUCAUUUGAAGAAGGCAUGAACCGGCAUGACAAUACUUGCCUAAAGUAAUCUCAAAGUCAAAACAAACACCUACACAACUGCAAUCGAAUUGACUCAAAUAUACUACGAAGGUCUAAACAGAAAUAUAAAUAUUUGUAAUACGUUG